AUGGCCUUAGAAGACCCACUCCUGGAUGGACCAGGCUGUGGUGAGGGGAGGGAAACCACGUUAGGUGAUCUUCCUGCCACAAACCAUAUCUUGCUGCAACCACAUUGUGGGCUUGGUGGUGAGGCAAUAAAUGAAGAGAAGGGAUGUAUAUCAACUGCAGGUCAAGGUUCAGGUGAACAGUUAUGCUCAGAGGCAAGCGAAAUCCCAGUGCAGACAACUAAGGAUGAUGAAAGCAAUGGCCGACAACAUGAAGAUGAUGAUCUCUUCAGCCAACACUUCAGCAAUUUAUCAACACUAUUGAAGGUUGAGGGCAGGAGAUCAUCAGCAAGAAGAAGCUUUUCGUCACGCUUUGUUGUGCGCCGUGACCAGCUUACAGGCUGCAAGAGUCUUUUUGAGAUGACUGCUGAAAAUUUAGGUGCCGAAGACUUGAAUUGUUGUGAUGAAGCUGUGCAUCAAAGUUCACAAGGGGAUCCAUCAACCGAUCUGUCAAAAGACCCACAAAUCUCAGAUAUUUGUGAUCUGGGUGCAGAUAAAAGUGGAAGCUCUUCAGGCUCCGCUGACAAUCAUGAAGAAAGUGACACUAAUGAGACAGCAAGAUGUUACAUGACAAACACAACUUACUCAGAAAGAAUCACGGAAUGCAGAGCAGCAUUACUUAGUUUAGAUACUGCUGCAGAAAAGGCACUUCAGUUAUUCACAGACUUGAGGUUUCCGGUGGCUAGACAAGAUGUGCUGAGUAGGCCCGCGACUGAACUAUCAGAUUUAGCAUUGGAGCUUGUCCCAUCGAUAACUAGGAAAGUUCAGGAGCUUGCUGAUUUGGUGCACUCUAGCAAGAUGAAUUCCUGUUUGGAUGCUCGAGUUGAAGCAGUUGAGUUUGAGCCACUGAUCAGGAAAUUCAUGGAGGGUCUUUCACGUCAGGUUCUUGAAUUGGUGAAGAAUAAUAUCUAACAUGAUUUUUCUUUCCCGCCUCUUUGUUUCUAUCAUAUUGAUAAUAAUGUCUGAUGUAUCUAUGUCGAAUCCGACGAGCUUUGUACAGUGAACUGCAACUGUUCUGAAUAAUAGGAAUGAUAAAAGAGGUAUUAUACAAUGCUUGGGAAGAAGGCUUGUACAUUACAAUGGGCCUUCUGGUUUGUACAAGUGAGGCCCAUACUUGAGUGAUCCAAAUGGUUGGUUCAAUGGGUCUAACUGUCGGUCGUCUACACCAAAAACCCUGCAAGAUUGAUAGAUCCUGGCCACAGAAUGUAUGGAUUGCUCUUGGUCGAAUGCCAGCUUUGCCGCUGUUUGCUUUCUUAAACCGUCCAUUUCUUGGCCACAUGCCCAAUGGUUCCCCAAUUGGGAGGAUUAUUAAUGUGUGUUGUGCAUGAUGAGGCCCAUCAUCUGAAAGGUUUGAAUGACUGAGCUAUUGUCCUCACUUGUAAAAAUUGAGAGCCUGAACGGUACUGCACAGACAUUCAUUGUGUGCAUUGUAUAAUACCU